UGCGUGCCCGCCGAACGCUGCCUCUACCGCCGCCUCUUUCAGAGCGGCAGCGCGCUGCUAGUCUCCUGUGAGCCGCAUGCACACGCUCCUCCGUAACCACCGGUACCAGAGUGAUAUGUUCAGAUCCGGGGAUAUCGGGGGGAUUUUGGGACGGAAAGACUCUUUCCUGGACCUCUAAACAUCUCUUCGCCCUCCACCUUCACCGCUGUGCGCUGUGUCCCCGGCGCUGUUUUUACGCAGCGGAGGCGUCGCUGAUUUACCCGCUAAAGGGAGAAACUCAACAGUUGUUGCUGCUUAUUGUUUGCAUGUCGACGGGCACCUUACUACAAUGUGGAGGCUACUGCAAUCGUGUUGUUGCUGCUGGUGGAUUUUCUCUCUUAUCCUGCCUGCCUGCGUGCUGCUCUGGGCCGACUGUCAUCCCGCGCUGACAGGAAGCCAAGCCGAGUCCCAAGCCCCGAUCCAAGGCCUUCACAGGGCCGCGGCCGGAGCGGUACGACGCCGGAGAGCCACCGAGGAGACCUACUGGGCCUACUCAGGUAUAUAUGGGCCAAAUGAAGGAUGGUCGUCAGCCUACCCAGAAUGCAGAGAGAGAAACCAAUCACCUAUCAACAUCGUCGACCAGGAUACCAAAAUAUCCACAGAGUAUCAGGAACUGACACUGGAGGGCUUUGAUGCUGAAUCCUCCAAUAAGACAUCCAUGAAGAACACCGGAAAAACAGUGGCCAUUAUAUUAAAGGAUGAGUACUUUGUUCGGGGAGCAGGCCUACCAGGGAGGUUUAAGGCAGAAAAAGUGGAGUUUCAUUGGGGUCCUAACAAUGGAUCUGAAGGUUCCGAACACAGCAUUAAUGGUCAUCGUUACCCUGUGGAGAUGCAGGUGUACAUGUACAACUCAGACGACUUUGACAGCCUGAGUGCAGCUCUGAGGGAGCAGAGGAUCAUCGCUGCCAUGGCCGUCUUCUUCCAGGUGGGAGGGAAGGACAACCCCGCUGUGGACCCCAUCAUCCACGGCCUGAAGGGAGUGGUGCAUCAUGAAAAAGAAACUGUCCUGGAGCCCUUUGUGCUGAAGGACCUGCUGCCCUCCGCCCUGGGAAGUUACUACCGCUACACCGGCUCUCUGACCACUCCGCCCUGCAGCAAGGUGGUGGAGUGGAUCAUCUUCAGCAGACCCAUCUACGUCUCCUACAAACAGUUGGAAGCGUUCUACUCCAUCUUCACCACAGAGCAGCAGGACCAUGUGAAGUCAGUGGAGUAUCUGCGCAGCAACUUCAGGCCCAUCCAGAGUUUGGACAACCGCCACGUCUUCAAGUCAGCAGUGAAGGACGCCUGGAUGCCCGACCUGACGGACAGCAGCGGGCCGUACGGCACGGAGGCUUCCAGAGCAUGCAGCAGUGCUCCCAUCAACAUGAAGGUGCAGCACGUGAACGUCAGUGCUCUGGUGGUGCGCUGGGCCCGUCCAGAGGUCACCUACCACCCCCCCAUCCUCCACUUCCUGGUGUCCUACAGCUGGACCACCCACGACGACAGCUACGAGGAGACGCACCUCACCGACGCCAAACACAAACUGGAGGCCCUCAUUUCUCCCGUCUCCCCCGAUGUGCUGUACCUGUUCAGAGUGCAGGCCAUCUGCAUGAAUGACAUGCGCAGUGACUUCAGCCAGAGCAUGCUCUUCAGAGCAAACACCACAAGGAUCUUUGAGGGGACGAGGAUCGUGAAAACUGGAAUGCCCACCGUGUCUCCAGCCUCCUCAGCGGACAUGGCCCCCAUCUCCUCCGGCUCGUCCACUUGGACUUCCUCAGGAAUCCCCUUCUCCUUCGUCUCUAUGGCAACAGGAAUUGGCCCGUCCUCCAGCGGUAGCCAGGCGACAGUGGCCUCGGUGGUGACCAGUACUUUGCUGGCCGGCCUGGGCUUCAGUGGCGGAGUGAUCUCCUCCUUCCCCAGCUCUGUUUGGCCGAGCAGAGCACCAUCCAACAACCCCCCCUCCGCUCGCCACACCUCUGAACCUAACAAACCCACCAAAGAUGCUUCUGCCGUCACCACGGCCGCAGACACAGAUAACAGCAAGGCCGGGGGGGAGGACAGAGAGAACAGCAAAGGUCAAGGAGAGGACGGAGAGAGGGAAGGAGAGGAUAAGGAUGAAGAGGAGGAAGAAGAAGAAGAGAAAGACAAGAAGAAGGGGAGGAAGGGAUCAGGAGGUAUGGGAGCAGCAGGGAGGAAGGACAGCAGGACAGCGGUGAAAGAGACGCCCAGCGAGACACCAGACGCCACUGCAAAGGAGAAAGAACCAGAUCUAAUGAACACGCCUCCUGAUGAAGAUACCCACCUGGAGGUGUCCACCCACAAUCUGCCUGAGCCUCACACCCCCACCCCCUCAGAGGCAGCCGUUCAGACAGGAGAGCCCCCCUCCCUGAAGGACCCGGCAGCCACACGCAGACCCAGCCCAGGGGGGGACAGGAAGCACGGGCCUGUCUCCAUCCACACUGACCGUCCAAGUGCCGUGACCAACCUGACCCACCAUGCAGGCCCGGGGGCUGGGGGGGUGCUGAGCCGUGUGGAGUGGCUGGUUCCUCUGGUGGUGGUCUCAGCUCUGACCCUCCUCUGCCUCACCCUCCUGCUGGCUGUGCUGCUCUACUGGAGGCGCUGUUUCCAGACGGCCCACUUCUAUGUGGAAGACAGCGACUCCCCCAGGGUGGUCCCCAACGAGACGAACCCCGUCAUCCCCAUUCCAGAUGACAUGGAGGCCAUUCCAGUCAAGCAGUUCAUCAAACACAUCUCUGAACGCUACUCCAAUAACCAACACGGAUUCUCAGAAGAUUUCGAGGAGGUUCAACGGUGCACUGCAGAUAUGAAGCUCACGUCAGAGCACUCCAACCACCCCGACAACAAGCACAAGAACAGAUAUAUCAACAUAAUAGCCUACGACCACAGCAGGGUGAAGCUGAGGCCGCUGGCUGGGAAGGACUCCAAACACUCAGACUACAUCAACGCUAACUAUGUGGAUGGUUUUAACAAGCCUAAAGCUUACAUCGCUGCCCAGGGACCCCUCAAGUCCACCUUUGACGACUUCUGGCGGAUGGUGUGGGAGCAAAAUACCGGCGUCAUCGUCAUGAUCACCAACUUAGUGGAGAAAGGCCGGAGAAAAUGUGACCAGUACUGGCCGACAGAGAACAGUGAAGAGUACGGCAACAUGCUGGUGACUCUGAAGAGCUCUAAAGUUCACGCCUGCUAUACGGUGCGCCGCUUCACUCUUCGGAACACUAAAGUCAAAAAGGGUGGGAAGGGGAGCGGGAAGGCGCGGGCGCAGAGUGAGCGGACGGUGUUUCAGUAUCAUUACACCCAGUGGCCCGACAUGGGGGUCCCGGAGUACACCCUGCCCAUCCUCACAUUUGUCCGCAGGUCCUCCGCUGCACAGCUGCCUGACAUGGGAUCCAUGCUGGUCCACUGCAGUGCUGGAGUGGGUCGGACCGGGACCUACAUGGUGCUGGACAGCAUGCUGCGGCAGAUCAGAGACAAGAGCACAGUGAAUGUUCUUGGCUUCCUCAAACACAUUCGUACCCAGCGCAACUACCUAGUCCAGACUGAGGAGCAGUACAUCUUCAUCCACGAUGCCUUGAUGGAAGCCAUUCUGGGGAAGGAGACAGAGGUGGCAGCGAGCCAGCUUCACAGCUACUUCCACAACAUCAGGACACCAGGGAGGAGCGGGCGCACACAUCUGGAGAGACAGUUUAAGUUGGUAACACAGUGUAAUGACCGAUUCAUGGAAUGCUUCAACGCUCAGAAGGAGUGCAACAAAGAGAAGAAUCGAAAUUCCUCUGUGGUGCCAUCGGAACGAGCGAGGGUCGGCCUGGCACCUCUGCCCGGCACUAAAGGCACUGACUACAUUAACGCCUCCUACAUCAUGGGUUACUACAGGAGCAAUGAGUUCAUCAUUACCCAGCAUCCUCUGCCUCAUACCACAAAAGACUUCUGGAGAAUGAUCUGGGACCACAACGCACAAAUUAUUGUUAUGCUGCCUGCCAACCAGGGACUGGCAGAGGAUGAGUUUGUGUACUGGCCCAGUCGGGAGGAGGCCAUGAACUGUGAGGCGUUCACUGUCACCCUCAUCAGUAAAGACCGACUCUGUCUGUCCAACGAGGAACAGAUCAACAUCCACGACUUCAUCCUGGAGGCUACACAGGAUGACUAUGUUUUAGAAGUUCGUCACUUUCAGUGUCCCAAGUGGCCAAAGCCGGACGCCCCCCUCAGCAGCACCUUUGAGCUCAUCAACGUCAUUAAAGAGGAGGCGUCCACCCGCGACGGGCCCACCAUCGUCCAUGAUGAGGUGGGAGCAGCGUCGGCCGGCACGCUGUGCGCCCUCACCACUCUGUCCCAGCAGCUGGAGAGCGAGGGGGGCGCCGACGUCUACCAGGUGGCCAAGAUGAUCAACCUCAUGAGGCCCGGAGUCUUCACAGACAUUAACCAGUACCAGUACCUAUACAAAGCUCUGCUCAGCCUCGACAGCACCAAGGAAAACAGCCUGUGUACUCUGGACAGGGACAUUAAUGGGACCCUGGGGUCCAUGUCGGACCAGUCUGACCAGGCAGAGAGCAUGGAGUCACUGGUCUGA